UGGCGUCCUUGCCUUCUCUUGCUCUGGUCUUCUUGCUCCAAAAGUUUAUUCGUUCUGCUGCCUUCGAAGGAAACACAUCGUUCUCCGUGCUCCCUUCUCUCUUGUCAAGUCAAGAAUUUGUCUCAAGUUCCCUGAUUUCAAAGUUUUUGUCCCAAUUAUCCUCAGCAACUCGUCUGUCACCAACACAUCGUUCUCUGUGCUCCCUUCUCUCUUGUCAAGAAUUUGUCUCAAGAAUUCCUCAAGAAUUUGUCUCAAGUUCCCUGAUUUCCUGAAGUUUUUGUCCCAAUUAUCCUAAUCAAGUCGUCGGUCACCAGCAUCAUGUGGGACGACUCUGACAACGUCAUGUCCACCCAGACAAAACCAAAGAUUUCAAAACCCCCAAAAGUGAAUGGAUUUUACUGCUUCAUGCAAAAGAGACGUCCCGAGUUGGAGGCAGCAGGGCAUACAUUUCCGGGGGGACUGAAAGACGUAGCCAACAUGGUGGAUACUGAAUGGAAGGUUCUGCCUGAAAAUUCAAAGGAAAUUUACCGACACCGAGCGCUCCAGCGACGAGACAUGGAUGCCGAACCGCUUCCAUCCACCGAGAACUAUGAGAACAUGUCCGCCAGGUCAGAGCGAAGCGAUAACAGCGAGUAUACACAAUUCCCCAAUUUGUACACCUUUACGAUUGAUCCUGCGGAUAAACGGAGGAAUAAUUUUGGAGUGUUUUUCAAUGAAUUGAAACGCCAAGAUAUGGAGAUCACGGAGCAAGAGGUCAUGCACAAGAAGGAGCUGAAAUGCGUUUUGAAAAACGGCGACCCCUACAAGGCCAUUUUUGUUGUCAUCAAAUUUUCCUGCUAUGUGGACGAUGACGAUUCAUUCUUUCUUCCUGCGGAAGUUGGUCUUACCGCGUUCUCCAUUAAAGAAGGGAUCAUCGACAAUUUUGCCACAUUGAUCGAUGUUUACGAGAUUCCUCUAGGACAUGGAUCCACGGCGAGAAAAAACCGUGAACUUCUUGAAGUUCCACAACCACCGUUUGACAAUCGGCUCCAAAAUUACAAAAUCAUUACUGGCAGAUUGGAACGUUUUAUUACACAAUACGCAGCCAGGGAUGGAAAGUUGAAAGUUUACAGUAUGCCAAAAGACGAAAAAGAGACGAAUGGUUGCCUAAAUUGGUUGUACGAGCAAAUUGGUGAAAGUUACCCAAUUGAAGUGCACCGCUUUACGGAAGCGAUUCUGAUGCUGUCGGAAAUCAUAGCAGAGGCUCAACUCACAAAUGAGUUGGAUAGGACGGCUCUUCAGAAUCGCUUAAUGGCUUCUCGGCUUUAUCGUGACACCAUGCUUAUGGAUCAACCACUUCUGAGCUUCCAGGCUGAGGGAGCCAUUUCUCGGAGCACACGUAGCAGAUUCGAACGCGGACCUAAUAAUGGAGGACGCAGCAGUGCGAAAAAUGGAAGAGGGUCGGAUGAUCCAGCUACUUCUACAGGUUGCAGCUCCUACACGGCUGAAACUGGAAAGCCUUCAUCUUCAGUGGCCGCGACGUCGUCACUCUUUACAUCCUACCCUUACUCCGCUUCAAUCUGUUCUGUUUCGAGAACCAUGUGUCCACCGGAGAUGUCAAUGGAAGACUGGACCUUAGCUCGGGCAGGAUAUUUUACUCAUGAACAACACGUUGAAGAAUUUCUGUCGUCAUUUGAUCUUGCCUUUGAAGCAGAGCUGAGCUGUCUGUAUCACAUGCAACCAGAAGGAGACUAUGCAAUGAAUUUGUGUCCACUGAAUAACACCAACCGAAUUGCGUACAACAUGCUGGAUGCGAUGCUGUUGUGUGCCGGCAUUGUGAAACCCAAGCUCAAUUAUCACAUCCCUUCAGUGGGGCUGGAUCCAGAGAGUGAGGCCCGACGACGCGAGGAAAUGCUACGACGAUGGGUGAUUAUCAUCAAGUCAAAUGAUGAUUUCAAGUUAGAUACAAAAGUUCCUCCUCCAUAUUACAGCAAAAAAAGAAUGUAUCCCGUCUUCCGAAAUGAGUAGAUGUUAAGUUAAGAAAUGUUAAGUACGUAUGUAUAAUUCGGCUUUUGAUGUCAACUUUGAUACCUAUUUUUUAUUAAUGUUUAUCAAUUUUUGCGAAUUGCAUUAUGAAUAUGUUUGAAUGAGCCAUGCCGUGUACGUAAAUGAAUUUUUAAACGGUUAUUAAA